UGGAAUAUGGAAAUAAACUUCAUGGAGGUACUAGCAAAGCAAGCAGUUUUAGUGAAGCACUUUAACUUCACAAUCACAAUUCCUAACCUUAGUUCGAUUAUCAUUAAGUUAACAUCAGUUUGGAAAUGAGUAUGUUUUAAUGUGCCAAAUUCUAAAUUUUUCGUUUGGUUUAACUGUUCACCAGUUAUUCACGAAUACCCCAUUUAGUUCAAUUGAUAGUUUAUGGUAUAACUAAAUAUAGAAAACCCACGUUUGAGAUUAAUACAGUUACAGAGUUUUAAAAUGUCCAAAAGAUCUUCAAGAUUGAUCACCAGAGCAGAAAAUGAAACAAUAAAUACAGUUGUUGUGAAAGCCAUAAAUGACGAAGAUGUUGUAAAAGUAAUUGUAGGAACCAAUUUAACUUCAGUACCUGUUUUAUCCACACAAAAGUUGACUACAAAAAGAGGGAGACCGAGAAAGAAACUGACAGAAGAUGAAGUGAAGAGUGAAGGAGUAGAAGAAGAUUCGGAUAACGAAUCAAAGAGCAGUGAAACUUGUGAAAAACCCUCAGGCCUUUGUGAUGAUGAUGAUUUGGAUGGAGGGGAGAUGUGCUCGUUCCGAACGCCCAAGAAGAGGCAGGGUAUGCUCUACAAGGCUGAGGAAUCGGCAAGCAAAAUCAGGACUGGCACAGGAACGCCGAAAACUAAACCUAGUACACCUUCACACAAGACCCCCAUAAAAGCAUUGACUCCAAGUUUACGGAUGACACCACGACGUAAUACAUCCUUCCGCAACCAAACUCCUUCCACCAAAUAUACACCAAAGAAGAGCACUGGGACUCCGAGAAGAACCCAAGGAAAGGUUGACAUUGUCGUUCCAAAGACACCAUACCAGCUGCGAGUUAGGCAAAAAAAAGCUAUUCAGGCGUAUACAAGACAGAUGGAGGACUUUGAUGAUGGAGACAGUGAUUUCCAAGGCAGCGAUUGCAGCUCCAGUGAGUCAGAAGAUUCUGAGCAAGAAUCAAAUAAAGAAGAAGAGUCAGACAAAGAAGAAGAAGAAUCAGACAGUGACUCAGGAAAGGGUAGUGAGGAUGCAAUACCCUCCUGCCGCAGAUCCCUCCGCUUUCAACCUCCACCUGCCACUCCUUCAUGUAAAAAGAGAGGGAAAGAGUUUAACUAUGUGUUCACUGCCGAUGAAUACUUCCGGUCACAGUCCGACAAGUGCAUAACGUCUGACCACAACCUGAGUCGUCUCAAGAGUUCCCACACACACCUCCCCGCCCUCAGUCUCCCUACACUCUGCCCCUCUCACCAGCGUGCGCUGGCCUCGCGGAGAGCAGGCGACAUGCACAUGUUCCAACGUUGGAUGUUUGCGCUCAGCCAAGGAUUCAGUAUUCUCGCUUAUGGACUCGGCUCCAAGUACAAAAUACUACAAAAGUUUCACAAAGAAAUGCUGUCUAAUAGCCAUGUUGUUGUCGUGAAUGGCUUCUUCCCGAGUAUCAACAUAAAAAGAGAGUUUUUUAGUUCACAAAAGACCUUUGAAAUGCCCCGUACAUGCUCUGUGCUUAUCGCUCUUGCCAAGGAAGUAUUUAUAAACGACCUUCACUCAGCGGCAGGAGUAGGUGAGCAUCCUUUGUGUAACUCCAACCGCCUGCUCAUAGUGGAUAUGAUAGCUCGAGACUUGCUCGGGUUGACGUAUGUGCUGCCAUCCGCACAUGCCACAGUCGACUGGAUAGAGAGCCGACGGUGGACGCCUCGUGUGUUCCUGCUUGUACACAACCUGGAUGCAGAAAUGUUGCGCUGCGACAAGACUCAACGUGUUCUGUCUCGCCUUGCCAGCCUGCAGAGGGUGCAUCUCGUUGCUUCCGUUGAUCACAUAAACUGUCCGCUCUUGUGGGACCAGGGCAAGUUGAGUGGCUACAACUUCAUGUGGGAGGAUGUGACGACGCUGCUGCUGCCGUAUGUGGAGGAGACCAGCUACGAGACGUCUCUGAUGGCGCAGAACAGUGGCACCUUGGCGCUCUCGUCGCUGCUCAGUGUGUACCGCUCACUACCCCACAACUCGCGCGGCGUAUUCCGCAUCAUCCUGGAGAAACACCUGGACGCCAACAGCCAGAAAUACACAGGAAUGGCAUUCAGUGAGCUGUACGGCCGGUGUCGGGAAGAGAUGUUGGUGACGAGUGAUCUUGCGCUGCGUACAAUGCUCACAGAGUUCCUCGACCAUCAGAUGGUCAAGUGGCGUAGAGACGAGCACCUGUACAUCCCGACAGACCUCAGCGUACUGCGGCAGUUCCACUCUCAGAUACAGAACAGCUAGCCACAGCAUUAUGGCAUGCUCUGGUAUUAUCAGAAAGCAGUCAAUUUUCUGUAGAUAACGAUCUCAGUUUGCUGGUUUUAUUUAUUUACAUGUACAGUAAUACUUUGCCAGUUUCUGCUGUUUUAAGUGUAUCCUUUAAUUUAUUUAUAGCUUAGUACUAAUGUAACAAAUUGAGAUGAUGUGUUGGUUGUGAUGUGUAUGCAAAUAUUGGACAAAAAGACGAGUAGUUAUAUUGUAUUCAGGUGAGUUUUAGAGAUACAGAAGUAAUUUUAGUGAAUUAUCUGUGUACAGAAAUUAUUUUACGAAUGAAACAAAUAGAUUAAGAUACAAAUUAAGUAACUUCUUCAUUGACAGUUGGAGGCUUUUGAUACAUUUUUCAACAAAAAUAGGAUAAAAGCGAUUAAAAAUAUCUUUUAUUAAAAAAUUUUAUUCUUUAAAUUUAUGAUGUCUUAUGCAACCAUUUCUUGUUAUAAUAAAACAAAAUUCUAUGUG